GCUGCCGCGCGGGCCUGACGCCCUGACCCGCUCCAGCCCCGCCCGGCGCUCGCCCCCGCUAACACUCUCUAGCCCGCGACCCUGCGCGCCGUGACCCUGCGGGUCCUGCCUCCGAUCGCGCGGCCGCCUGGUGCAGGUGGUGCCUGCCCCGGGCCUGGCUUUCGCGUCCGCCCUGGCCGCUCAGGCUAUGCAGUUGGUUCGGCUCUGAUCGCCCCCUGCCUGCGCACUGGUCGGGCGAAGGCACCCGGGACGAGGUGCCCGAAGGGAGCCGGCGUGGAGUCCCGGCGAGAUGGUUGCGCCCCGCAGCCCGGGGGUGGCGUCGGUGGCUCUGCGGGGACAGGGCUGGGCCUAGGCUGCACGCGGGCGGUCGAGUCUCAGGGCUGCCUGCCAGGCCAGCACAAAUCGUCAGACCAGCUGGGUGCUCCUUAAGCCCAGGGCUGGCAGCCUCGCCUACGGGGCUCUGGGGAGAAUGGUGACCCCCUGGCGCUUCUCUGUCAGGCUCUGCUUGUCACACCUAAGGUGUUUUGAGCUCAGAAGGGAAUUCGGCCUUCUAAGGCCCUCGGAGUGCUCUCGAAGUGCCAGACUCUGUUGGCUUCUGCUAGGUACUUUACCCAAACUCGUUUUAGCCUCUGGGGACAUUGAUGAGGGCGCCCCCGACUCCUUGUGUCUGCAAAGGGCCCGCUGGAGUGACCCUGCUGAAGGUGGGCCGGUGGGGAGGUUCUCCCAGGCUGGGCGGCUAGGCUGCGUCUUCCUGCAUCUCCGCAUCUGGCUCCGGGCAGGCGCCCUCUUGGUGAAAUUCUUCCCUCUCCUUCUACUCUACCCGCUCACUUACCUGGCUCCCAGUGUCUCCACCCUCUGGCUCCGCCUGCUUCUGAAAGCCACUGAGACCUCAGGUCCCACGUACAUCAAACUGGGCCAGUGGGCCAGCACCCGGCGAGAUCUCUUUUCAGAGGCUUUCUGUGCCCAGUUCUCCAAGCUGCAUGUACGAGUGACCCCCCAUCCUUGGACUCACACUGAGCACUUCCUCCAGCAGGCAUUUGGGGAGGACUGGAGGAGUGUUCUCUCUUUUGAGAACCAAGAACCUGUGGGCUCAGGCUGUGUGGCCCAAGUGUACAAAGCAUAUGCCAACAUUGCCUUCCUGGAGAGUGACAGCAUCCAGAGACUUGGUGGGACCCCCUGUUUGCAGCCUUCCUCAGAAGCUGGGGCAGUCAGAGGGCUUAGAGAGCUCUUUGAACACCCCAAGAAGGGGUGGACACCUCCAGGAAAUCUUGCUGACCAGUCAUUUCUAGAAAGACUGCUUCUCCCUAAAGCUGACUUGGCUGGAUCAAAUGCAGAGUUGUCUGAGGCUGUGGUCCCUGGCCACUGCCCCAAGACAGAUCACCUCAUCCCUGUGGCAGUGAAAGUGUUACACCCUGGCCUGCUCUCUCAGGUGCACAUGGACCUGAUGCUGAUGAAGAUUGGCAGCCAAGUCCUUGGACUUCUGCCAGGAAUCAAGUGGCUCAGCUUGCCUGAGAUUGUGGAAGAAUUUGAGAAGCUCAUGGUCCAACAGAUUGAUCUGCGUUAUGAAGCUCGGAAUCUAGAACACUUCCAGCGCAAUUUCCAGAAUGUGAAAGCAGUCAAGUUCCCCACCCCUCUGCGGCCCUUUGUCACGCGGGAUGUGUUGGUGGAAACAUAUGAAGAGAGCGUGCCUGUGUCCAGUUACCAGCAGGCAGGAAUUCCUGUGGACUUGAAGAAGAAGAUUGCAUGGCUGGGGAUCAACAUGCUGCUGAAGAUGAUAUUUGUGGACAACUUUGUGCAUGCCGACCUUCACCCCGGAAACAUCUUGGUUCAAGGUGCUGACAGUCUGUCUACAAGCCGGGAGGUGCAGCUGCAGCCAGUGGAUGUCUGUGACACGCUGGUGGUGGCCUUGGCGCCGGCCCUGCACCCGCUGCGCCUGGUGCUGCUGGAUGCUGGCAUUGUGGCGGAGCUACAGGCUGCCGACCUGAGGAAUUUCCGCGCGGUUUUUGUGGCUGUGGUGAUGGGGCAGGGCCAAAGAGUGGCUGAGCUCAUCCUGCAUCAUGCUCGGGCCAAUGAGUGCAGGGAUGUGCAGGGGUUCAAAGCAGAGAUGGCCACGCUGGUGACCCAGGCCAGGAAGAACACCAUCACCCUGGAGAAGCUGCACGUGUCCAGUCUCCUGUCCAGCGUGUUUAAGUUACUGAUGGCUCACAAGGUAAAGCUUGAGAGCAACUUUGUCUCCAUUGUGUUUGCCAUCAUGGUGUUGGAGGGGCUUGGCCGCUCACUGGACCCCAGUCUGGACAUCCUGGAGGCAGCAAAGCCCUUCCUUCUUAAAGGACCAGCAUCUUCCCCCUGACAGUGGCAGUGGGCUCAAGAGCUGAUGGCUACUCCCAAGAGCCUUUCCUGUGGCAGCUGGAAUGUUUUAAAAUUGGGACAUGUGGCAGGCACAGAGAAGACUGAUUUGGUUUCAGGAUCUGUUUCAAAGCUUUGGGUUAUCUGGUGAGUCAAGGGAGGGAAUGGUCCUACCUAUUUGGUUAUGGAAGCUGGGCCGGGUGCCAGGACACUCUAUUUCAGGGAAACAGUUCUGAAGAGGAGAAUGAAUAAAUUUAGUUAUUUUGUUUUACUCUCUUCUCUUCUUAACCUUCUAAUCUCCUGGUUUAGGUAGGUCCUACUGGCAGUCCUGAUAUUCACGUUAGAAAAUGCUGUAAAACCCUGUUGACCCAUGGUGCCAAAUAUUUUUUUUUAUUUUUUCCCUUAUUGGUAAAAAGUUGAAAAUACACAAAUCCACAAUUUAUACAAUUCGUUUAUAAAUUUCAUCUAGGUUUACCAUGACUAGCAAAAUCUCUCCCAGCACAGUAUACACAUAGGGUAGUUUUUACUGUACUUAAAACUAUCUUCUUAAUUAUUUUUGCCAACCUCUUGGUCAAAUUUAUUUUGAGGUUAAAAUAAAACUGAUUAAUGUGGCUGCUAGACCUAGAACCAGAGCAGAACAGCUUGGCCAUUUCCUUAACGUUGCCCCAGGCUUGCCCUUCAGUGCUGUGUGAGCUUUCUCUGCUGCAGCAUCUAUGACAUCUGUUUUGCUGGGGUUAACAUCAACACAGAGUUAACAUAACCAGUGUGUCCUCUUUGCCAAGGACUGCUCCCAGUGACACAACCAAUGCUACCUGCCCCAUUCUGCAGGGCCUACCCACAGAGCAUCCUCUCAGAGCUGAUCUGACAUGUGGCCAGUGUCAGCCUCUAGAUAGGAUAUCUGUAAGGCUUAAUUUCUUCUCACAAAGUGAGACUCUUGUCUCAAAAAAAAAAAGCAAUAGAUAUUGCCUCACUGCGUCUUUGGUCAGAAAUCUGGGUGCUGCCAAGCUAAGUCCUCUGGUUCAUGGUCUCUCCUGAGGCUGUGAAAUCUUGAGGCUCCACUGGGGUGAGUCUGAGGUCAAGCUCACUUGGGGUUGUUGGCACAAUCCUAUCCCUUACUGGCUGUUGGACUGACUGAGUGCCUCGGUUCCUCAGGGCCAUUGCAGCAGCAAUAGAAAAGGAACACAGCCUUUCCACUUGGCUGUUCUCCUGCGGAAAAGGGUUACGGGCAGCCCUGGCAUCCAUGCCACAUUACUCUGAACCCUGUAUGUGCACCCAUCUGGCCCACAGUACGGUGGUCCACAA